AAUACUUGGGCCACUGGGUGACUGCGGACCUCUCAGAUGGCAUGGACAUGGAAAGGGAGAGACGCUCCAUGGCUGUGCGUUGUAAUAUGCUUGCCCGCAGGUUUGCACGGUGUACAAAGGAAGUCAAAAUAACAUUGUUUAAAGCCUACUGCCAGAGCUUCUACACCUGCAGCCUGUGGGUAAGUUACACGCAGAGUACUCUCAAUACCUUGAGAGUACAAUAUAACAAUGCUUUUCGGAUACUGUUGGGUCUGCCGCGCUUCUGCAGUGCAUCAGGUAUGUUCGCGGAGCAUCGAACCGACGGUUUUCACGCUAUAAUGCGUAAGCGUACUGCCUCACUGAUGCGGCGGCUGCGCGGGAGCUCCAACAGUUUGCUACGUGUGGUGGCCGAGAGGCUAGACUGCCCGUUCCAACACCACUGGAUGCUGAUGCACGUACAGCGGUAGUGUUUGGAAUGUGGCAGUCUUUGCUA